AUGUCGGCGCCGUAUUACAAGCCGCCGAUAGAUCCCUCCGUUGCGAAGGCGGCGGAGGCAGCGAAGAAGAAGAAGAAGGAGAUUGUGGUUUCGUCGUCGUCUGCGCUCGAGCUGGCGAGCGAGCUUGCGUCGCUGCGGGAGAAGUUUGAUCGUGAGAAGGCGCGGGUGGGGAAGACGAGGCAGCAGAGUCAGGCCGAGAUCGCAAAGCGGAGGAAGGAUGGGGAUUUGUUGAGGGGGGAGGCUGGAGGAGGAGGAGGAGGAGGAGGAGGAGGAGGAGGAGCGAAUAAGGGCGUUGAAGAGCGGAAUGCGAGAGAUUUGAAGUGGCGGGCGGCGCAGAAGAGGAAGACGGACGGUGAUGGGAUCAGGGAGGCGUUGGAGAAGAAGGCGAAGCGGUAUGAUGCGAUCAAGAGGGGGGAUUUCAGUGGAGUCAAUGUCGCUGAUUCGGCGCUUGAUAUCGAGCUCAUCUCUGUGCAUUCUUCUGACGAUGACGACGACGACCAGAGCGAAGACGACCGGCGCGGGCAACGACUAGCACCUGAGGAAGACGAGAUGGUCGAGUACACGGAUGAAUUUGGUCGGACACGGAUGGUCUCACGGUAUUUACUCCCGAAAGUCGCCGCGCUGGACUCUGAAGCGCAGGCAGCAGCAGCAGCAAAGGCUGCCCGCCCGGCGAACCUGAUUGUCGGCGACGUGAUCCAGCACGACGCGUUCAAGCUCGACGAGGACGAAGUGCGCGCGAUCCACGAGCGCGAGGAGAAAGAGCGGACGGAGGAGCAGGCGGUGCACUACGAUGCCAGCCGCGAGAUCCGGACAAAAGGCGUGGGGUUUUAUAAUUUCAGUAAGGACGAGGACGAGAGAGCGCUGGAGAUGGAGCAGUUGAAGAACAUGCGCGCGGAGACGGAGAGGAUGGUGCAGGAGAGCAAGGAGAUUCGCGAGCGGUGGUCUAGGAGACGGCGGGAGCGGUGGAGGAGGGUCGAGAAGGUGAGGAUGGAGAACCAGGGCGAGAAGUGGUUGGAGUCGUUUGUCGGUGGCCAGAAGUGA